GGCUUAUCUUAGAAGCAGGAUCUAACCUAUGUUAAUACAUAGAUAUAUAUAUAUAUAUAGAUAGAUGUAAAUAUAUAGAUAUACAAUAUAAAUGAACUAAGUUAUUUCGAACAAAAAAGUUGAAUUUGUGUGGCUAAAUUAAUUACACUCAUAGAAAAGAAGGUUUGAAUAUUUGAGAUGAGUUCCCCUGUUCUCUUCUACUUCUCCUUAAAAAUAGCAUUUAAGUCUAAAGAGGUAACAUAAAGCUGAGCUGAGGUAGAUAGAUAGAGACACCUCAGACAGAAGAUUCAAGGCUGAAUACUGUUUUAGAGUUUAGAGUUUUUGGUUGAAAGGAGAGCAGAAAGCUGGCAGCUCAAAGAGCUCUGCUCAGGGCAGAAUAAGAAAAAGAAGAAGAACGAAUAAAAGAGAAAAUGGAUGAUUCCAACAGACGAUCCCUUGAUUUAUCAUCUCUGGACGAUAUACCAGAGGAACGUCCGUACAGCAAGGGAGAUGACAGUAAUCGGCUUGAUUCAGGGCUAGGGGAGUGGGAUUCAAGCAGCUCAAGAAAAACGUCUGUAUCAAGCCAGGGAAGUAGACUUAGUCCGGAAAUUAAUGAAAAAGCCACACACUCAGUCAGUAUAAAGGAAAAUAAAGAUGUUGGAAGGAGAAGGAGAAGUGGUAUUGAUAUGGUGCUAAGAAAACCCUCAGUUCUGAUGGCAAGUGAACACACAAAUCCCUCGAUAAUAACGACCCGCCUGCCAAAGAUUGGGCGGAGCAUGCGAUCUUCUGGUAGGUGGAGUAGGAAGAUGUCACCUGCUGGACUAGAAUACCUGAAAAUGGACGAUGAGAUGGAAGAGGUUUUGAGAAACGGAAAGAUGAUGUUGGUUCCACGAAAGAUUAGUGAUCACAUCCCAACAGUUCCUAUUCAUUCCACUGAUCGGUUUAUUGUACUGGAGUGGAAUGAAAAUUUAGGCUUGGAGGAUGAAGAUCUUCAAAUCUACAAAACACCUAAAAUAGAAAAGUAUGAGCUGCAUAAACACAAAUGGGAGUUUUUCGGUAAAAGAGACUUCAGGAAAAUGAUGAUCCUUGCCUUGGAUGGAGAUGAAUGGAUGUCAGGUCAACAAAAGUUUGAUAUUAUGAAAAGUUUAGUUUCUGAAAAAGAUCAACGAAAGAUGGAGAAAAUGUUAAAGAUGGGAUAUUCACAUGAUGAUAUUGUAAAUCAUUUUAUGGAAGAAGCAGAAAAGAAAAGUGGAAAUAGUGACCUUAGGAAAAAAAUGGAAAUGGCCAUGAAAGACAAUAAGGAUAUGUCUGAUGAUGAAAUGAUGGAAGUAAUGCGUUUUCAGAUGGGAGAAGACUCAUUGAAGGAAAUGGAGAAAAUGCUUAAAGAAGGAGCUUCAGUAAAGGAUGUCAUGAAGAAAAUGAUGAUCCAAGGAAACACAAAAGAAGAGGAGAUGUUGGAAAAGGCAGAAACCUUGCAGCAUUUAAUGAAUUCCAAGAAAAAGAACAUCAAACUGUCAGAAAAAGAAGCAGGAAACAUGAUUGAAGAACGUUUUGAUGAUGAUUCCAAAUCAAAACUUAAGAAGCUAAUGACUUCAGGGGCUUCAAUAAAAGAUGCAAUAAAUAAUGUAAUCAAUGAAUCACAGUGUAAAGAAAAUCUUACUGAAAUGGAAAAGAAAAUUAGACUCAUGACAGAGGGUAAAGAGCUUACACAAUAUCAAAUGUAUGAAUUGAUAAAAGACCAACUUGAUGAAGAAUCAAGAAAGAAAAUGGAAGAGAUGGUGAAAAAUGGAUGCCCUCUUGAUGAAGCCAUUGAUUUCUUUAUGAAGAAAGGGAAAACCAUUGAACAGGUGCAAAAAGAGAGAUCUGAAAAGCUGAGGGAAAUGGUCAAAUCUCAAUCUGGAUUUAACCAAGCUGAUGUACUUGACUUAAUGAGAAGUGAACUUAGCAAGGAAGAUAGAGCACAGCUUGAGAAAAUGCUGGCAAGUGGUUGCAAUCCUCAAGAAGUAAUUGAUCAUUUUCUUAAUAGAGGCAAAGAAGAGAUUGGCACUAAGACCAUAUUUCAAUUAAAAAUGGAAGAAUUAAUCGCUGGAAAAGGUCUAAAUGAUGAAGAGGUUCUUGCUAUGAUGAGGGGCCAACUUGAUGAAGAAGUAAAACAAGCCAUAAAAGACAUGAUGGCUAAGGGUUACAGCAGCCGAGAUAUCAUCAAUUACCUAAUGCGCACUGUUAAAACAAUAGAAGAAAAAGAACAAGAAAACAUGGAAAAACUUUCAUCACUUUUUGAUGAUCAUAAUAUGACAGAAGAUGACAAGGUUGCGAUGCUUGAAAAGCAGUUGAGUAAUGAAGAUAAAGCUCAAAUGGAAGAAAUGCUUAAAAAUGGAUGUUCAAUAGAAGAGGUCAUUGGUCAUUUUAUGAACAGAUCAAUAAGCCCAGAGAGAGAAAAAUCAACAUUUGCCAAAACUAUUGAGAGAUUAUGUGAAGGAAAAAAUCUAUCUCAAGAUGAACUUCUUCUUCUUAUCUCUGAAAACUUAGAUACAGAGUCAAUAGAAAAAAUGAAUGAAAUGUUAAAGAAAGGAUACUCAAAGCAAGAUGUCAUUAAUCAUUUUAUGAAAAACGCUAAAUCCAAAGAUGAGCUAAUGAAAGAAACUGCAGAAAAAAUCAAAGCCUUGAUGAAUGAUGAAUCAAUGACAGACAAAGAUAAGAUUGAAAUGUUGAGGAAUCAGUUAAGUAAAGAGGAUCUUUCUCAAUUGGAAAUGCUUCUGAAAGAUGGAGGAAGUGUAGAUGAUGUCAUGAAUCAGAUCCUAAAGAGCAAAAGUACAGAAAGUGUGGCAGAAACACAGUUAUCUAAGGUUGUUAGUCAACUCAUUGAUGGGCGGGAUCUUUCAAAACAAGAAAUUCUUGGAAUUAUCAAAGGUCAGCUUGAUGAAGAUUCUAAGAGCGAAUUAGAAGAUAUGAUAAGCAAUGGUUUCUCCGAACAGCAAAUUAUUGAUCACUUCCUUGCAAAUGGAAAGACUAUUCAAGAAAAGAGAAAAGAAAUGUCAGAAAAGAUCAUUGCACUAAUAACAGAUGUGCACUGCUCCCCAAAGGAAAAGAUUGAGCUUAUCAAGGGUGUUCUUCUGUCCUCAGAUUUGAAACAGAUUGAUAACAUGCUCUCCAGAGGCUGUUCAAUAGAGGAAGUAAUCUCUCAUUUUUCAUCAAGGGGAACUCAUGAAGAGUCACAUAGUGAGCUGGUUGAAAGGGUGAAAAAAUUAUCCUGUGGAAAACCUUUACCCCCUGAGGACAUGCUGGAGAUUAUUAAAGGUCAACUUGGAAAUGCUGGCCAGGCUGAAUUAGAUGAUUUGAUAAGCAAAGGGUAUAAUGCUCAAGAUAUAGUAGAAUACUUCCUUGAGAAAGGAAAAACUCCUGAAGAAGAAAGACUGAGCAGUAAACUUAACGAGCUUGGAGAUCUGUCUAAAAUGACAAAAGAAGAAAUGCUCAGUGCAAUGAAUACUCAUCUUAACAAGCAAGAAAAAGCAGCAAUGGAACAGAUGCUGAAAGCAGGCAAAUCAAUUGAGGAAAUUCUCCAUCAAUUUGCAGAUUCUGAUAAGCCUGAAUCUCUUAGCGAGAGAAUCAAGAAACUUUCUGCAAAUAGAAAACUGUCAAAUGAAGAAAUUAUAGACCUUAUGAAAGAUAACAUUAGUGAUGAGCAAAGAGAAGAGAUGGAUAAAAUGCUUGCCAAUGGAAUGUCUUCUGAAGAUGUUGUCAAAUACUUUUUGGAAAACGGGAAGUGUAAAACAGAAUAUCAUAAAGAUGUCGCUAAAAUGUUGGAAUCUCUGAUUGAUCUUAAUAAAAUGAAUGACAAGGAAAUAAAGAAAAUUCUUGAUGCCCAGCUCUCAGAUGCUGACAAGGAAGAAAUGGAGUUUAUGAUUAAAAAUGGAUGCUCUAUGGAAGAAAUAGUGGCAUAUUUCAAAUGCAGAGCCAUUGAAGAUGAUGAAACAAUUUCCGAACUAUCCAAAAGGGUUAAGAAGAUUUCAUUGGGGAAAAAUAUUUCUGAUGAUGACAUGUUAAAAAUCAUCAGAGAACAGCUUGGAGCUGAGGGACAAUCUAAGUUAGAUAGUAUGUUGAGGGAAGGAUUAUCAACCCAAGAUAUCAUAGAAUAUUUUAUGAUUAAUGGAAAAACUGAAAGAGAAGAGCACAAAGAAGUUGCUCAAAAGAUCGGGAGAUUGGUACAAAAAAGAAAACUUUCCAGAGAAGAAAUAAAAGACAUUCUCAGUAGUAAUCUUGGAGAAGCAGAUGUCCUAAAAAUGAAUGAGCUGCUAAACCAUGGUUGCACUUAUGAAGAAAUCUUGCAACACUUUCUACUUCGAGGUGCAUCACCUGAGAAGUCCAAAACAGAGCUUUCAAAGAGGGUAAAGAAGAUGUCUCAGGGAAAAGGAUUAACUAAAUCAGAGAUAAUUGAAAUCAUAAGAUUGCAGCUAACUCAAGAAGGUCAAGAGUCUCUUGAUCUAAUGCUGACAAAAGGAUAUUACCAACAAGAUGUUAUAACACACUUUAUGAUGAAAGGUAAAACUUGUGAUGAAGAGUAUCGAGAUAUAGCAGAAAAACUUAGUCAGCUGAUCAACCCAGAGACAAUGACAGAAGAAGAAAUAUUACAAAUUAUAAAAGAUAAUGUUGGCGGAUUUGAUAAGGCUCAGGUUGAGGAAAUGCUUCGCUGUGGUUGUACUACUCCUGAAAUAUUAAACCUUUUCCUAAACAGGGGAAAGAGUCUCGAUUUUAAGACUAAGCUCUAUGCUCGAGUACAACAGCUUGUGGAGGGUAAAGUUAUACAUCCACUGGAUUUACUGGAUAUCAUUAAGGCCAAUGCAUCAGAGGAUUUACUUGAUGAUAUUAAGAAGUUGUUUGAAAAGGGAUACACAGUACAAGAUGUUAUAGAGCAUGCACUAAAAUAUGGUAAAACACCAGAAGAAAAAUUAAAGGAGGUGGCCGAAAAGAUGUACCAACUGCUACAGUCAGAUAUGAAAGAUGCAGAUGUGUUGGCUGCCAUGAAAAGACAGCUUGGAAAAGAUGGAAAUGCAAAGGUGGAUGAAAUGCUAAAAAGUGGAUUUUCUUUAACAGAAAUACUAGAUUUUCUAAUGGGCAAGGACAACAGUGAGCCAGAAGAAGAAACAGAAUUUGCAAUAAAGAUUAAACAAUUGAUGGGAGAUCGUAUACUGGACGCAGAUGAGAUGAUUGAGCUAAUCAAAAGCCAGUUGGAUAUUAGUACACAAAUCCAAAUAGAUGAGAUGCUUAGAAAUGGUUGUUCAAAGGAUGAGAUUGUCAAACAUUUUAUGAAUAGAGAGAAAAAUAAAAAAGGUCAAAAGAAAAAUGAAUUUGGAAGAAAAAUAUUUGAACUUACAAAAGGUUCCAAGCUUACCAAAAGAGAAAUAAUAUUGCUAAUGAAAAAUCAUUUAGAUGAGGAAUCAUGUGCAAAAAUGGAAGAUAUGAUUAAGAAAUGUUACCCAAUGGAAGAUAUUAUUGAUUAUUUCCUCAAGCAUGGAAAAACUCCUGAGCAAGCUCUUCGUGAAAAAGUAUUAUUGAAAGAGAGAAAUAAAAAAGAAGCUUCUAGAAAAAUUAGAAAAAUGAUUGAUGGUAAUAAUCUGUCCAAUGAAGAAAUUUUAGCAAUUCUUAAACUUCAAAUGGGUGAUGACGACAAAGCUCAACUAGAACUAAUGGUAAAAAAAGGUUGCACAGCACAAGAAAUCAUAGAUCACUUCAUGAACCGGGAUGUCUCAGAUGAUGAAAAUGAACAGACAUUAUUUGAAAAGAAAAUGAUUGAUCUAAUGCAAGGUAAAGAUAUGUCUAAAGACGAUAUUCUUAAGUUAAUGAAAAGUGAACUGGAUAAUGAAUCUGUCAAACAAAUGGAAGAAAUGGUGAAGAAGGGAUAUACUAAAGAUGAUAUUAUCAAAUAUUUUAUGAAGCAUGGAGAUGAUCGAAAUGACUUUGUGCAGGAAAUGAAGAAGCUGACAGAUGACUCAUCUCUUUCCAAAGAGGAAUUAUUGGAGGUAAUGAAAAACAAACUAGGAGUUCUUUCACAGCGCAAAGUUGAUGAAAUGAUACGGGAAGGAUAUUCUACUGAUGAAAUUAUCCAGCAUUUAAUGGCUCAUGGCAAAACUCAGGAACAAGAAUAUAAUCUUUUCACAAGAAGAAUGAGUCAAAUACUAGAUGAGAAAUCCAUGACGGAGAAAGAAAAGGUUGAAAAGCUCAAAGAAAAUCUGGGGAAAGAGGCAGCAUCUAUGGUAGAGGAGCUGUUGAAAAAUGGUUUAACUCCAAAUGACAUCCUUGACCUGUUCUUGAAGCAUGGAGACAACCUCAAUGGUCUUGUCAAAGAUGACUUUUUUGUGCGUGAACUUAUAUUUCCUGAAGAACCUUCUGAUGCCCAUCUUCACAAGAGCAGAAAUGUGUUUAUUAUCAUAGACAAAGAUGAAUCAAAAAAAUUACUUUCAUACAUGAGUCCAUCGGGCAAGGUUCAUAUAUUUGGAAUUUUCUUUGAGCAAGUUUUAAAACUUAUUGAUGGAAAAGAUCUAACACACAGAGAAAUUUUAGACCUAAUGAGAAGUAGAAUGGGUGCUGGUUAUGCCAAAGAAUUUGAUGAGUUAAGAGAGAAAGGAUUUUCCCUUCAACAAAUAGUUGAUUAUUUCCUUCAAAGAGACGAAGAAACAAUUGCAGAAUCCCGACUAGUUGCUAAACUGAAAGCUGAUGCUCGAGUUGAUUCCCGUGUUUAUCUAAAGAGAACAUAUUCUAAGGAGAAAUGGGGUGUCAGUCUAACUUAUACAUUCAGUAAAAACCAUGGUCUGCAUCUAAUUUUAAAUGAUGUGACUGAGAACGGGCCUGCAUGGGAGAGUGGUGUACGUCCUGGCGAUGUUAUUGUAACUAUUAAUGAUUGGCUCAUAGUUCUAAUGGACAGACCACAGGUUGCUGCCCAUUUGUUCCAAGCAGGGGCUAACAUUGUUAAACUAGGAAUACAGAAGAGCAGAGGAACCAGUCCAGACAGAUAUCUGGGUAUAUACUAAACUAGUAGUACAGAUAGAUAUCUGGGUAUUUACUUAACUAGUAGUCCAGAUAGAUAUCUAGGUCAAUACAAAACUAGUAGUCCAGAUAGAUAUCUUGGUAUAUACUAAACUAGUAGUACAGUUAAAUAUCUAGGUAUAUACUAAACUAGUAGUUCAGAUAGAUAUCUAGGUCAAUACUAAACUAGUAGUCCAGAUAGAUGUCUGGGUAUAUACUGAACUAGUAGUACUGGUAGAUAUCUAGGUAUAUACUAAACUAGUAGUACAGAUAGAUAUCUGGGUAUAUACUAAACUAGUAGUCCAGAUAGAUAUCUGGGUAUAUACUAAACUAGUAGUCCAGAUAGAUAUCUGGGUAUACUAAACUACUAGUACAGAUAGAUAUCUGGGUAUACUAAACUACUAGUACAGAAAGAUAUCUAGGUCAUUUCUAAACUACUAGUCUAGAUAGAUAUCUAGGUCUGUACUAAACUAGUAGUACAGAUAGAUAUCUAGGUCAUUUCUAAACUACUAUUCUAGAUAUAUUAUGCUUAACUUAUAAUCACAUUCCCUAAAAUAUGGGAGUCCAUUGUGCAGUGUAUCUUUAUACUUUUUCUCUUAAAAGGUUAGCAUUAGCAAGAUAUUGCUAAUCCCAAAAACAAAUAUUCUACUUUUUAUAAUCUGGUUUUUGGAAUCUUUUAACCAGAAGUGAACAAUGCCACGUGAUGAUUUAUUCAAUCUACGAGUGAUUGAAAGCUGCAAACAAUGAAAAGUUUGGCACAUUUUAAACGUGCAAAGUGAUUUUAUAAAGUGCAAUUGUAAAACAUGUAAUUUUGCAAGAUUAUCAAAUGUACCUUGUCUAAAUGGAACUAAAUCGAAUUGCAAUUUUAACAUUUACAGAAGAUAAUGGUUUACGUAAAAUAACUUUCGACGAUUUGAUAAAGCUAAUUUAUUUUUUAACUAGAUCAAAAAGAUUCCUAGAUUUUGAUCACUAUAUUAUUGGAUAUUUCUAAAAUCAAUUUUUGAAAAAAAAAACUAUAAAUAGAAGAUGAUGAGUAAGUUUAUUUUGAAAACUACGUGAUUAGAUGUGAAACCAAGAUCAUGCUAAAAUCAAAUCAAUAUUUACAUUUAUUUAAUCCUUUUCUGUAUCUUAAUCAAUACUUUGAUUAUUUUAUUUAAAUGCUAUUUUUGUAGCUUCUGUUUUUUUUAUGAUAUUUAUCAAUGUACCUACCGACCUACCCCGACACCCUAAUAUUACAAACCAACGCUUGUAUCAUGAAUUGCAGUACUGUUAUACUGUACAGUGCAGUUUUGUAUUUGUUCAUUGUUUAUAUAUGUACCAAUGCAACCAAAGAUUUUUA